GGUAGUAAAAAUUCCUUACCAUGAUGGUAAAACUUUAUAACCAAGCCAUUACCAAAUGGUAUAGCUUAUCAUUACCACUUUGGUAGAGUCAUAUACUUGUGCUUUUCGGUAAUGUUUAUUACCAGAUUGUUUACAGUGCACAUAUAUAAAAGUGUACAUAUAUUUUUCCAGACAAGUGCAUUCAUACAAAUAUAACUAUGCAAAAAUAUAUAUCUUUCAGAAACAUUCAAAAAGAAUCCUUUCCUUAACCAGGAAAUGAAAUAAGAAAACAAACAAAAUGAAACACAUAUCUGUAAGUUUAAUAUGUACGUGCACAUAUAGACUUAUGAAAAAUAUUUUAUAACUCUUCUCAAAUAUAUAAAUCGUUAAUUGAUUAAGAUUUAUCACUUCUUUUCACAAAUUCUGUAUUCAAAUAGAACCAUACGUACAUACAUGGAUUCAACCAAAAUAUUGCGAAAACAAGUUUUUUGCCCUACACUAAAGUUCCCAGUAUGUAAUAAAUUAUAUAUACAAAUAUUUAACAGAGAAGUAAUAAUUAAUCAAGGUUGUCAUAUCAGUAGAGAUAAGCUGUCAUCAAAAUAUUUAAGUAAUGGAUUUAACCAGUUAAUGACUCUUGUCCUUCACCAAGUGCAUGCGAUUUUAUUCUGUGCAGAAAUUUCUACUACUUAAUUACGGGGUUGGAGAAAUGUUAAAUUUUAACUUUUGCGUCCGUAUUUUCGUCGUGAUUGUUCCUCUCCUCGUGCAAAAUGGAGACACGUCCAAUCUUCCGCGACAAGCUCUGCCGCCUAUGGGGAGGGAAAUGAGGGCCGAAUUUUUACACGCUGCUGACUAUACUCCACUAAAUCAUGGCGCAUACGGAACGUUUCCCCGCCGCGUGCAAACCGCUCUACGUCAAGUCCAGGAACGGAUCGAGUCCAAUGCCGACCUCUGGAUUCGAAUCGACGCGCGCAUCGAAAUGGACAAGGUUCGCGCCCAGAUUGCAUCUCUUUUGAAAGCGGACGCUUCCGAUAUUGUCGUCGUUCCUAACACGACCAGCGGGAUGAACGCCAUCUUGCGGAGCAUGAUUUGGCAACGUGGUGAUAAGAUUAUGCACUUUAGCACGGUUUACGGCGCGAUGAAGUCGCUAAUUCAGUACGUUUGCGACACGUCGAACGGGACCGUGACCUCGAUCGAGAUGCCGGUAACGUAUCCAAUUACAAAUGCCGCGCUGAUGGCGCAGUUUGAAGCGUUCGUUACUGCGAAUCAUAAUCCCGCUUCUGGGUCGAGGAUUAGAUUGGCGCUGUUUGACCACGUGACCUCUGUGCCACAUGUUAUCAAUCUGAUCCAAGCGUUCACCUCGUACUUGAAAGAGCGCGGCAUUUUGACCUUGAUUGAUGGCGCGCAUGCCGUGGGGCAGGUUGAGAUUGACUUGGCCACAGUAAAACCAGACUACUAUAUUACGAAUGCGCACAAGUGGUUUUACGCGGCGAGAUCGGGAGCGCUGCUGUAUGUGGAUAAAGUGCGACAGGCGACAAUUCAUCCGGCCAUUAUUUCGUCAAAUUAUGACAAAAAUGGCGGGCGUUUCCAGGACGAGUUCUUCUGGACGGGGACAAUCGACUAUUCACCCUACAUAACAAUCCCAGCAGCUCUCGCGUUUCGCGCCGAGUUAGGGGGCGAAGCGGUAAUCCGGAACUACACUCAUGCUCUAGCAAAAGAGGGCGGGGCAUAUUUGGCGGGUCGAUUCAGAACACGAAUUUUGCAAGAAGACGAACAAAUGGGGAGCUGUGUCGAUGUCCAGCUGCCAAUUCAAGUUUACGACCACCCACUCAUCGUUCCCGGCUGGUUUGACGAGGAGCUCAUCAAGAAAAGGAACCUUUUCACGGGAGUUUAUCAGCACGGAGGGGCCUGGUGGAUCCGAGUGUCUACGCAGAUCUACAACAGCAUUGAGGACUUCCACAGAGCGGGUGAUGUCUUCACAGAGAUUUGUGACGAGCUGAACGCCCAUACCGGAUCGAGCGGAGGAUCUGCUGGGAAGGCGGGGUGGAUCGUUCAUGGGGGUGCGGCCACGUGGGGCUACCUCAAGUGGAAAGCCAACAACGGCGAUUUGUAAAUGUAUUCUAAGAUUGAGGCCGAAAUUUAAUAAAAUUUGGUGGAUUUUAUUUCAUGAAAAUAAAAUAAUUUCACGUUAAUACGCA